AUGGUUACUAAAAACAUGUCUUCCAAAUUAAAUGGCAUACCCAAUGUGCUGGUUACCAACAGUGGUACUGAAAAUAGAAGUAUAAUUGCCAAAUAUGGAAAUAAAGGUAGACCAAGGAGAUUUAGCUUGCUCUAUUCUUCUUCAAGCAGCAGUGAUAUUAGUAGUGCUUCAUCGGAUGAAAGUGCCGAAGAUUCUGAAUUAAGUGAUGUUUCUAGUGAAGAUCGGGUCGUAUCGUUAAGCAAUAAAAAGAGAAACAAUAACGAUAAUAACCAAAACAAUAAAAAUAAAAAUAAAAUCGAUCAGCCCAAGCCUACUAUUAGUAAUAAUAAUAUAGAUAGUUUCAAAAGAAAAUUAAUACAAUCAUCAUUAAAUACAAACACAUUAGGUAAAAAUAGUAAGCUUAUACAAGGUUAUCAUGGUAAAUACGAAAAUGCUAUAGAUUCGAACAGUAGCGAUGAUUGUGGCAAUGGAGCAACUAGCUAUGAUACUGAACAAGAUUAUGAAAAAGGUAGCUUAUACAGUUCUUCGGAUGAUGAAAAUGUUGAUUUUGUAAAAUUAAGUCUGCAAAGAAAGAAAAAAGCGCUUGAAUCAUUGAAAAAUAAAAAUAAUAAUAAUAAUAAUAUAUCUCUGCAACAAAGCAGAAAUUAUAAUGACAAAAAUAAAGAAGAUAUAGAGGAGCUCGAAGAAGAUUUGGGCGAAGAAAUUAAUCCUGGUAUCGGUGGUAAGAGCACCGCCUCUAAAAGUUCAGCUUCACGGCAACACACUUCCGAUAAAAGUACCAUAGAUAAAUUGAAUGUUCCCAAGUUUGAAGAUGAUAGCAGUGAUGAAAAAAGUGCAGAUGAUUAUAGUAAUAUUUACGGUACCAAUGAGCCCCAUAAUUAUAGUGGAGAACACAAAGAGGAAGAAAAUUUACCAAGCACUGAUAGCUUCUCUUAUGAUGAUGAAAAUGAAGAUGAUGAAAUUGAUUCUGAGGCAUAUUACAAAACUAUAGGAGAAGAAAGUUCAGUUGAAAGUGAAAAGGCCGGUUUAGAAACUGGCGAAGAAACUGACAAAAAUAUACUAGAGGAGGAAGAAGCGAAUAUUUUAAAUGAAUUGGAAUCAGGCCUAUCAUUUAAUGGAAGUGAAGAACUUGAUGAGAAUGAAGCCAAAGAACUGGGAUUUUCUGAUGACUUAUAUGGUACUGUUAAUGGGAACUAUGAAGAUGGUUAUAUCGAUGGCAACGAGGAAGAUGAAUAUGAUGAUGAUGAUGAUGAUGAUGGUGGUGGUGGUGGUGGUGGUGGUAGUGAUGAUUACUAUUUGGGUGAAUUUGAAGAACCACUUUAUACGGGUCCAAAACUUUCCAGUUUGGACUAUUACAAGGAUAAUAAUGAUGAACCGUUAACACUAAGCACAUCCCUUCCGCUCGUUUUAAACGAAGCUAAAAAAAAGAAAAUUUUAAGAAAAGAAAUGAAAAAACAAAAAAAGGAAGAAUUGAUCAAGAGAAGAAAAAAGUUAAAGGCAAUUGUGAAAGAGAAAAGAGAAAGAGUUAACAUUCCUGACUUCAGAAAUCAAAGUUCCAUAAAUGAUGAAGCUUAUGAUGAAGUUUUUUAUCAAAAAUUAUUUGAUGAUCACCCUGCAACCACCAUAGAUAUUAAAACAAACUGCAUGCAAAAUCGCACAAAUAUUCCUUCCAUUCAAAAUAAUAAUGGUGUUCCCUCGUCUGUAGCAGGAAUAGCAACUGUAUUAUCAAGAAAAGAUGAUGUUAUUCGCUUGGAUGAUACACCCGCUUCUGCCUUGGUCAAUCGUAGAGACAGUACUACUUUACUUUCUAAUCUAGUUCGCCGCAAUAGUAGAGUUCUUCCCUCACACUAUCAUGGAAAUAAUGUUUUGCUAGAUAAUAUGAAUAAUUAUUCUUCCGAUGAAUAUGAGGACUUAUUACUUGAAGUAGCUUUGCUACCUAGCGACAAUGAAUCAGAUGAUGAACAUGAUGGGAAUUGUGAAAAUGAUCAUGGAUAUAAUAAUUGCAACAAGAAUAUAAGUUGUACUAGAAAUGCUAAGGGUCAAUAUAUCCCUAAUUCCAGGACAAAUUCUGAAUUGAAAAAUACCACUACAAGCAAUUCUACCUCUAAAUCUAUUGAUGGUACAAUUUCCGGAGAUUUAAAUGUAACGAAUCUUAAAGAAACUACAGAUACUGCCGCCAAUAGCAAAAAUAACGGUUUGGAUACGGUUAAUGACAUUAUAGACUCCAAUACAAACAAUAACUAUGGGAGUACUGGUAAUGAUAAAAAGAAUAAAACAGCUAAAGAGCAAAGUACCAGUUCUAAUACCAUUGGUGCUACAAAUGGAAAAGCCUAUGGUUCUGAGGACUAUGAUAGUGAUGAUGAUGAUGAUGAUGAUGAUGAAGAUCUAAGCCUAUCGCAUAUUUUUAUAGAUAUUGAUGAUUUAGACCCCGAUGCGGCUUAUUUUCAGGAGGAUUGUUCCUCUGGUUCUUCAUUAUCAUCUUCCGAUGAUAAUAUAGGUAGUUCUAUGGACACAAAUAAUAAUUCUAAAGAGAAAAUGGAUAAUGAGGUUAUAUAUUAUAUUGAUGAAGAUUCUACGGAUGAAGAUGAUUCUUUACCACCUCAAAGUUCUAAGAUUAUUGGCACAAGGGCAAAAGAAGUGGUUAGUGCUAGUACUGUUGGAUUAAAACCACCUAGGUUGGGCACCUGGAAAACUGAUGAUUCAAAACCAUUCAGUAUUAUUGAUGGGUUAUCUACAAAAUCAUUAUAUCCUUCGGUCCAGCUGCAGCCAUCACCAGCCAAGUCAUCAUUGAUGAACACGCCGUAUACGGAUGGGAAUAAAUCGGACGUUACUGGCAAUAAUAGUGGUAAUGAUCAUGUUAUUAAUGAAAAAGAUGAUGGAUCGACCAUGAAAUUAGAUGAUUUGUUAAAUAUGGAUGAGGAUUCUGAUGAAGAUGAUAUCGAAAACAAGAUUGCCCUGAAGGUUCUAUACAACUCACAAAAUAAGCCUAAUGUUCCAUUGUCGGCAUUUAGAAAUAAAGGUGUUGAUUAUGAUAAUAUGCUAUUAUUGAAUGAUGGUCUAGAGGAUUCUUAUGCAGGCAAUUCUAUAAUUCAAAAGGUUCCGAUCGGUUACGUUGGUAGUAAAAAAACAAGAAAAAAAUUGGAUAAAUUGAAGGAAAUUCAAAAGAGGAAAAGAUUGAAAUUGAAGAAAUUGAAGAAAAAACAAAGAAUAUGGAGGCUACAAAGAGAGAAGGAGAGGCUACAAAGAGAAGAUGAGUUGUUGUGUGAACUUGAAAAUAAAAUAAGAGGACAACAGCAGGAAGGGGAAGGUAAUGAUGAAAACAUAGGACAGAAGAAUGAAAAUACAGCUGACUCAGCUACUAUUGGUACUGACUUAAGGGGUGAAGAGGGCAUAGUUGAGGAAGGAGAUAAAAAAAAAGAUGAUAGCAAAGAUAACGAAUUGCAAGAUGGAUAUUAUGAAGAAGACGAUAAUGAGUUAGAUUUAGCAGAACUCCUGGGUGAUAAAAAUGGUUCGCCUGAUUUGAUUAUUGAACUAGCGCCAGAUACUAUAUUAAUAGAUGAUAACACAGGAGAUGUUAUACUGACAGACAAUUAUUUGGAUGAAGUUAUUGGGAAUCACAUAAUUGGUGGUAAUAAGGACAGUAUUGGUGGUAUUGAUAAAACAGGCGGUAAUGGUGAAGAGGAUAAUGGUAAUGAUGAAGAUUUAUUAACUUCUCUUACUGCUCCUGUGUCACUAGAUGACAAUAAUAUUCAUUCUUUAAGCGCAUUAAAAAGAAGAAGACAAAGCAUGGUUGAAGCGAAUUCUGAAAAUUUAAGAUUUACUAAGGCUGGUUUGUUCAGUGAAUCGGCUUUAGCUGAUUUGGAAGAUAUUAUCAUGGGUUCUAAAAAUAAUAUAGAUAGCGGUAACAAUGACGAAGAGUUUCAUGAUUUGUUACAAUAA